AGGAUGUAAACUUAGAUUUUCUCUAAGUGCUAGUGGUUUUAAUGUAAUACGGCUUACAUUUUUAAAUACAUCUGCAUUCAUUUCUAAUAUUCUGUGUUUUUCUGUAAGUAUGGGUGUACACAAAGAGCGAGAAAUUGGUGGGGGUCUGAAUACUUUCCAUACCUGUUACAACCCAGGCAUCUAGGGAACCUGGGGUAACAUGGAGGACAUGUGACACCUUUUGUUUAUCUUAUGCCAAAGGCCAAAAAUGAACACGAGUCUUUGCCCGUGAUAGCAGAAUUAACCAAAAAGAGCUCAGACGCUCAAAAUGUAAGACAGAAAACACUAAUUACUCUUAUCUCGACUCAGUAUCACAGUUUCAAGUCCGAACUGGGAGACAACAGGUUGGAGGAAAGGCAGCUCUGAACUGUUGCUCCCCCAGGAAGUGCUCCAGAAGGUCUUUUGUGCUUGGGACCUUUAACCAGCCACUGACUGUGAUCCCCCAGCUGGGCGCUUCAGGGCGGAGCCAGAAGGAGAGCAGUGCUGCAGGGCUGCUCCUCGGUCCACAUGAGGGGAUGAAAACAGAGGAAAGGAAACGCAAAAGAAUCAAACAGCUUUGGCUGUAAGUUUACCCACUGUGUAUAUGAAACAGCAUUGCUGCAGUACUUUUAGUUUGAAAAUUGCUCUGGAUUUUUCACUGAAACCGUGUGUGAUUUCCUGUCUAGCCCUAUGUUAACUGUGGAAAUUGACAUUUCCCAGAAGCGGCUUGCGACAAAACUAGAGCCGGAUGCCAUCAAUGAGGCGCGGUGUGCUGCUUCCUGAACAUUGCUGGCUUGAAUCACCCCCAUUCGCUAUAAUAGAGUCUAUCUGACGCAGUGCUUUUGAUGCUUCCAGUGUGAAGUAGGCUUAAGGCUCUCAGUAACUACCUCCAACCACACUUUGCCGAAUAAAUCAACAUAAACUAAUCUGUCAGACGCUUUUAUCCAAAGCGACGAACAGGGCCUGUUGUGAUGGGAAACCGGAGUACUUAAAGCAUUGUCUGUAUGCAUCUAGAUAUAAAACAUUUGUUAAGUAAUUUUUUCUUCAUGAGUAAACAUACAUUAUGGAAAGUAACAUGGCUCAAAUGUGAAGGUCGUGGUAGUUGAAUAGUUGUGCCAGUGACAGGAUUAAGACUUUGGAAAUAAACACAGGAACUGUUUUGAGGUGGAAAAGAUAGGAGGCCACUAAGCUCUUCAUCUUGGGGAUUCUGUGAUUUAAGCUCAGAGCAUCUUUCAGCUUUUCUGACAGAUAAAGUGGCUAGAGAGAGGAGGUCCAACCCAUCCCUGAAACCGAAGUCUGCAGACACAUGACCAAACUUAGGUCAGCGGUAUUAUUUUACCUGUUUUGUCCCAAAUACAAAUAAUUUGGAGUUUUCAUGACACGAACAAGGCAGGUUCUAUUUUUACUGGUCUUUGUUUUUCCCCGUGUGUCUUUCCAGGAAAAGAUGAGCCUCUUAGCUGUCAGAGGUCUAAUCUUACUCUGUCGCUUGUGCUAUCAGUCACUCACACUAGAAAGUCUCUUACUCCUAAAUAUGCAUCCUAACAAGUCAGACACGAGUGUUCCAAGUGAACUUGCUUAUCUGAGAAAGAUUAGUGGUUAUCUAGCUCCAGCUCAGUGAUUCCCAAGGCAGGCAGGGGUACUAGCAAGCAUUCAGGGACAGAAGAAGCUUGCUGCAGCCCUUUAAAGGUGAACAGCAGUUUAAAUGAGGGAAACAUUUAGACUAAAGAGGAAGAAAGGAAAACAGAACCAAAAAGGAUGUAGAACAAGUGUACUUAUUGAAGACCCUUCUAGAAGGUUGAUUAAGAUAACCGUUUAGACGGCUAGGAGCUCCUACCUCCUGAAGGCAGCCAGCAGCAACGCGCCAGAAUGACUGAGUGGACUCUGCUGAAACGUCUUCUGGAUGCUGUCCACCAUUACUCUACUAUGAUCGGACGACUCUGGCUCACGGUGAUGGUCAUUUUCCGUCUACUUGUUGUUGCUGUAGCGACUGAGGACGUCUACACCGACGAGCAGGAGAUGUUUGUGUGCAACACUCUGCAGCCAGGAUGUUCCACACUUUGCUACGAUGCAUUUGCUCCUAUCUCACACCCUCGCUUCUGGGUCUUCCACAUAGUGAGCGUCUCAACGCCAUCGCUUUGUUUCAUCAUCUACACGUGGCACAACCUGUCCAAACAACCUCACCACAAAUCUCAGGGGUUUGUGGAAGGACCUGGACAUGUUCCACAUCAGGAUGGCCCUGAUGCAGGGCAAAACAGCAAGGAGGACUGUAAUUUCAGCUGUGAUUCAGACAGCUGCUCUGUCCGCUCUCAUAAGCACCUUGGUCACAGCCUUGAAGAUGAGAUGGAGGACAUCACUGCUCAGAUCCUCCAGAGAGAAGAACCAAACAUCUCAGUAAGUCAGGUUAAAACCUGCACCUUCAGGGAGCAGACUGCAGCGAGGUCCGGGGUUCUGUCCAAAUGCUACAUUUUCCAUGUGUGUUUGCGAGCUGUCUUGGAGGUUGGCUUCGUCUUGGCUCAGUGGAAACUGUUUGGCUUUCAGGUCCCAGUUCAUUUCGUCUGCACCUCAUCGCCUUGCCACCAGCCGGUGGACUGUUACGUUUCAAGGCCCACAGAGAAAACUAUUUUCCUGCUCUUCAUGUUCUGUGUUGGAGUUUUCUGCAUUUUGCUCAACUUGCUAGAACUGAACCACCUAGGCUGGAAGAAGAUUUGUCAGGCACUAAAGCUGAGGCAGAAGAUGUCCUGGAGUAUAUGUCAAAGUAUGCAAAGGAGGUACAAACCUUUCCUGCCUGACAGCCCCUCUCUCAUGUCUUCUUUCGGCUUUAGGGAAGUGAGCAGCACAACCUCUCUGCCCACUCUGGGCAUGGUAGUGGGUCGGCAGCCUGACUGGACAUGUGCUGUGAAUGCCGGUAGUGAGAAGGAGCCACUGGAAGUCAAAAAGACUUUACCAGGACACCCACUGAAGCAUGACUCCCAGAAAAGAGAGAGGCAGCCUUUGAAGAACAAGAAAGAAGCUAAAGAGUCGUAUCUGAGGGCUGCUGAGGUCUGGAUAUAGCCUGGGGAUAAAAAACAUCUUGUUUACUGCAAAACUGAUCAAACAUGUCUGCUGCAAGGGCUUACUGUAUAGCUUCUUUAUUGCGCAUAUUCAUUAAAGUACAUUUUAUUUUGAAAAUCCUAAGUGCGUAUUUAAUCAUUUCAAAACAAGAAAAAAUGAAACAGGCUUAUGAAACAAUGGAGCCAUUUUGUUAUUCGUAGCUGAUAAAUGUAGAAUGAAGACAUCUGCGGAGCAGUGUUGUGUUUCAGAGCCUUUGAGAGGAAUCAUCUUGUUUAAUCAGCCUCUGGAUGCAUUUCUCUCCCUCCACCUGUCAGAAGGCUCCUUGUUCUGUGAGGUGCUUCAGACGUUCUAUUUCCAGCUGACUUUGAUAAAGGCACGUUGAUAACAGCCCCCAGUGUGCAGCUGCUCAACAACCACUUUCUUCAGCUUGUAGUGCUUUAUUCUAGGAGAGCUAUUGUCAUUUCUGCUAACAAGUCAUAUAAAUCCUGUUGCUGUCUGUAGCACAGCCCACAUAAUG